AGGGCACAACGGGAAAUGCAAAGCUCCCUUCAUGAACAGGGUCGAAGGGAAAUCCUCAAAUCCUGCGAUUUGGGCAUCCGACCGCACGCGUUUUCAUAAAUGGACCGAAACACGAAAACCCGCUUUUCAUUGGAGUCGGUUGAAACAAGGGCUAAACCCAAAGACCACCCUCCUCCUCCUUUCUUCUCGCAAUCCAAUCAUCUCUGACCUUCUCCGGCAAUUCCUAUGUUCGUCGCUUCAAGUCCUCUUAAUUCCACUCAGUCUCGCCUUCUUCAAUUUCAUGUCUUUAUAUUUUCAUUCAAUUUCUGGGGGAGGAUCUAGUAUUCUUGAAGUUCACGUAGAAAGAGUGCAAUCUAACAGUCUUUCAGCAUUGACGCUUUCUCUGUAAUUGUUUUUAUUAUUGUUAUUAUUUAGAUAUAUUCGGGACAGCCUGUUUCUUGUUUAGGCCGUUGUGCUGAUAGUAGGUUGGGUCAUCAAAGAGGUUUUGACCUUCUGGGGUUUUUCUGAACUGGGGUUUGAUUUUUCUGGUCUGGGUUCUUCUUCUGGGCGAUUAUUUCUCAUGGGUAGACUAUGCUGUUCAUUUUAAGAUCUUGGAUAAUCGCUGAGCAGAUUAGUUGACCUUCAGAGAUGUUCUUUAUUGAAAGAUUUUCAGAAACUUUGCUCGGUAUGACUUGAAUUAUUCGUUCUGUUUUGGCAUCAAUUACAGCCCAUUUUUAAGCUUUUUGGAGUUUUUGUUCUCUGCGUUUGAAACAAGUUUGGAUAAAAAAAUUAAGAAGUUUGACUUGUGCCCAGAAUAGAGUUCGUGGUCUGAGCAUCAGAUCUUGCUGGUUCUGUCAAUUCCAUCAACAGAUUGCAGUAGAUAUUUGAUGUUAACUUUAACAGGAGAGGGAGUAUUUAGAAGGGAUUGAGCGGUGAAUCAGAUGGGGAAUACUUGUGCAGGACCAAGCAUUUCUAAGAAUGGUUUCUUCCAAUCUGUGUCUGCUGCAAUGUGGCGAUCCCGAUCGCCGGACCCCUCGGUUUCAUUUGCUAAUGGAGAAAGCGUCACUGAGGCACAGAUGAAUGGUAAAGAAGCUGAAUCGCAUUUACCAGUCCAAGAUAAACCUCCAGAACAACUCACGAUUCCAAAAACAGAAAUUAAAACGGAAGAAGGGGUGAAACCCAAAAAACCCGAUCAUUUAAAGAGGGUGUCCAGUGCAGGGCUUCGGACAGAUUCGGUGUUGCAAACUGAAACAGGCAGUAUCAAGGAAUUAUUCAAUUUUGGGAAGAAACUAGGACAGGGACAGUUUGGGACAACGUUUCUUUGCGUUGAGAAAGCCACAGGGAAAGAGUAUGCUUGCAAAUCUAUAGCAAAGAGGAAGUUGAUUACAGAUGAGGAUGUAGAGGAUGUGAGAAGGGAAAUUCAGAUAAUGCACCACUUGGCAGGGCACCCAAAUGUUAUAUCCAUCAAAGGGGCUUAUGAGGAUGCCAUUGCAGUUCAUGUUGUGAUGGAGUUGUGUGCUGGAGGUGAGCUCUUCGAUCGGAUUGUUCAACGCGGCCACUAUACUGAGAGAAAGGCGGCUGAGCUGACUAGGACUAUAGUUGGGGUUGUGGAAGCUUGUCAUUCUCUCGAGGUCAUGCAUCGGGACCUUAAGCCCGAGAAUUUUCUUUUUAUCAGCCAGGAGGAGGAUUCACCCCUCAAAACAAUUGACUUUGGAUUAUCUGUUUUCUUCAAACCAGGUGAAAAAUUCUCUGAUGUGGUUGGCAGCCCGUAUUAUGUUGCACCCGAAGUUCUGCGAAAAAGAUAUGGUCCUGAAGUAGAUGUCUGGAGUGCUGGGGUGAUCCUUUACAUCCUCUUAAGUGGAGUGCCUCCUUUUUGGGCUGAAACUGAGCAAGGGAUUUUUGAAGAAGUGCUGCGUGGUGAUCUUGAUUUCUCAUCACACCCAUGGCCUAGUAUCUCAGAAAGUGCAAAAGAUUUAGUGAGAGGAAUGCUUGCUCGAGACCCCAGAAAGCGGCUAUCUGCACAUCAAGUCUUGUGCCAUCCUUGGGUUCAGGUUGAUGGUGUCGCUCCAGACAAACCUCUUGAUUCUGCAGUUCUAAGUCGCAUGAAGCAAUUUUCUGCCAUGAACAAGCUUAAGAAAAUGGCUCUGAGAGUCAUUGCAGAGAGCCUAUCUGAGGAAGAAAUAGCUGGCCUAAAAGAAAUUUUCAAGAUGAUUGACACAGACAACAGUGGCCAAAUCACUUUUGAAGAACUAAAAGCUGGGUUGAAAAGCUUUGGUGCUAAUCUUAAGGAGUCUGAAAUUUAUGAUCUCAUGCACGCUGCGGAUAUUGAUAACAGUGGAACGAUCGAUUAUGGGGAGUUCAUAGCUGCAACGCUACAUUUAAACAAAAUUGAGAGACAGGACCAUCUAUUUGCGGCUUUCUCCUACUUCGAUAAGGAUGGAAGUGGCUAUAUCACACCAGAUGAGCUCCAGCAAGCCUGUGAGGAGUUUGGCCUCGAGGAUGUCCGCAUUGAGGAAAUGAUCCAAGAAGUUGAUCAGGACAAUGAUGGACGCAUCGACUACAAUGAGUUUGUCGCCAUGAUGCAGAAAGGAAAUGCUGGUGUUGGUAAGAAAGGUCUGCAGAACAGUUUCCGCAUCGGGUUUCUGGAGGCUGUAAAACUUUAACAGCAUGCGCAAUGGCGAAGCUGUUGUUAUGCAUCAUUUCUUUCUUCUUUUGUUAUGAUUUUAAAUUUUUUAUUUUUUUGGGGUUCUGAGUCCAGGCUAACUGUAUAGUAAGGAAGGAGUGCGAGUGCUCAUCUGAGCCAUCUAUUGGCAUUUUCAGUUUAUGCUUAAUUAAGUAUAGUUCACUCUCUGAUCUUAUUUUUAGUCAUCUCUGUAUUUUAGACUGGAUCUCUGGAAUUCCAUAAACGUUAAAUCAGUAAUUUUGCAUGUCCAAGAAA